UCCGUGCAUUUUGCAGUGGGCAACCCCUACCACGGCCACGUGACCCGCCUCCUAGCAACAGCGUCCAACAAAACAACCUUGCUGCUGAUUCAAACCUAACAUGGUUAACAAAAGCAAUUCGACUGUUUAUUACCCAAAUCUCUAAUCCGAUGGCCGGCAUGGCAGAAAAAGGAACGGUGAAAGAGACGAUACAGAUAUUUGCUCGUGUGAAACCCACCCGGGAGGAAACAAGUAAGGUGUACUCUGUGAACAAUGACGAGGCAGCAGGUGCUUCUGUGGAAUUUGUGGUGCCCAAAGACCUGGGGGAUGGUUACGUUAACAACAAACUGGAGAACUACAAAUUUAGGUUCCGGAGGGUGUUCGAUCAAACUGCUGGUCAAGAGGAGAUCUUUGAAACCAUUGCUCAGCCAGUGGCAGACAGAGUGUUGGCCGGCUACAACGGCACCAUCUUUGCCUACGGCCAGACGAACAGUGGGAAAACCUUCACCAUCACCGGAGGGGCUAGGCGCUACGGCGACCGUGGGAUUAUACCCCGCACCCUCUCCUACCUGUACCAGCACAUCAUUCAGGACAGCACCAUGGUCUACACCACCCACAUCUCCUACCUGGAGAUAUACAACAAUGUGUGCUACGACCUUCUGGACCGCCAACUUGAAGCAUGCAGGCUAGAGGACCUACCUACGGUAACAAUCAUGCAUGACUCUGAGCAGAAUAUCCAGCUCAGGAAUCUGUCCAUUCAGCAGUCGGCCAAUGAGGAAGAAGCCCUGAAUCUUCUCUUCCUGGGUGACACUCAUCGUAUGACUGCAGAGACCCUCCUGAACAAGGCGUCCACGCGCUCCCACUGCAUCUUCACCGUGUACCUGUGCGGGCGCCAGCCGGGCUCCGCCACUGUGCGGCGCUCCAAGCUGCACCUGGUGGACCUGGCCGGGUCGGAGAGGGUCAACAAGAUGGCCCUGGGGGGCCAGCUGCUGACCGAAGCCAAGUACAUCAACGUCUCCCUGCAUUACCUGGAGCAGGUUAUCAUUUCGCUGUCGGAGAGCCGCGCCCACAUCCCCUACAGGAACUCCCUGAUGACCUCGGUGCUGAGGGACAGUCUGGGGGGCAACUGCAUGACCACCAUGAUCUCCACCCUCUCCGUGGACAAGACCAACCUCAAAGAGUCCAUGUCCACAUGCCGCUUCGCACAGCGCGUGGCUCUCAUCAAGAACGAGGCUGUGCUGAACGAGGAAGAGGACCCUGUUCUGCUGAUUGCCCGCCUGAAGAGGGAGAACCAGUCCCUCAGGGAUGAGCUUGCGAUGGUAACGGGAGAACCGAGACAAGAGCAACUCACUCAGGACGAGAUCCAGAAGUUAGAAGUGCAAGUGAAGGACUUUCUGGACGACACUGACCCAGAGGCGACACUGGCACUGGGAACCGACCUCCAAAAGAUCCGCCGCUGCUUCACUUUACUGAAGACCAUCGUAUCCGGCCUUCGACAGCAGUUGACCAUCAUCCAGGAGAAGCUAGGACGUGCUAAUGGGACUGGGAACGAGCUCACACCUCUGUCAGCAGUAGCUACAGCACCUGACUUUAUUCCCUUGAAUCGAGCGGUGCGAGGCAUCCUGAUAAGCGAGAAGGAGGAGACGGAGAAGACCAGAGACCAGGACACCACCGCUCAGCUAAAUGGACCCCGGCUGUCCAUGGGAAAAGAAGAGGCCUUUGAGAUCUUCAUGAGAGACCAUGAGGACCGCCUGACCAUUGAGGACAACAAGGCCGUCCUGAAACAAAGGUAUAUUGAAGCCAAAGGACUCGGAGUGCAGGUUAAUAAGACCAGGGACUCCAUCAAUGAGCUGAAGAAGCAGUUAGAGAUGCGUAGGAUCCAGAGGGCUGAUCAAGAUCACCGUGAGGAAGAGGAGCAGGACCCUGUCGAAGCAAUUAUCCUCAAACAGGUUGAGGCAGAGAAAAAAGAGUUCAAGAGCUACAUCGGCGACCUGAAGACCCUAAGGACGGAGAUCCAGCAUGUACAGCUGCUGAUGGAAAGGGCAAAGGUCAAGCUGCAGAAGGACUUCAAGGAGUGGUGGAGCGAGGAGACGCCGGGGCCGCAGGAUUCAGGAGCCCCAUCCAGGCUCCAAACAGGACGUCCGAGUCCGAACUCAAAGCCUUCGUCGCCUGGCAGGCCAGGUUCUGGGGGCCAUAGCCUAAGCUACUUCCCUGCACACAAACAACAGGAGCCCUACUCCCAUGUACCCUCAGCGACAGACCUCAGGAGCUUCGUGCCAAAGAUUCAAACGAUGCAGAGUCCCUCUGAGGAUCGGCCUGCCUCGAGUCACCAGAGGGGAGGGUCAGUUCUGGAGCUUACCCCACAACUGAGGGACCUCUCCAGCAUUAAGCCGGCGGACUAUUCUAUUCCGCUGACUGGGGACAGCCGCAUCGACGAUGACAUCCUGGCCUUCGUCAGGGCCAGACAAAACCUGCUUCAGAGGAGAGAUACUCCCCAACAGUGACAUCACAACACCCGGGACUUAAAUAUAAAGUUCAGCCAACAAAGGUGUCUGCAGGGCCUCAAGCUUCAAUGCGUCAGGAAAAAAUGAGGGACAACCGUGAAAAGAGGCCGCUCGGAGGAGCCGACAGACUGAGUGUUCAAACAGAGAAGUGCCAAGGGAAGGAAGGAGGGUCUUUGAGGCACUUUGGCCGGCGGCACAAAGCACAUCCAUAUAGCACACACAUACGGCCCACAUAUAGCAGGUACCUGGGAGCACGCGGCCAGCCGUGAGGCGAUGGGCAGUAUAAAUCACCAACACGCACCGCUUGGCUUUCAUCUGUACAAAUGUUGUCUUAAGGGGUAAGAGGAGCUUCCUGUGAAAGCGCCUCCACCGGUUGCUAGGAGACAUGCCCUCGUCAAACAAGGGCUAGAUCGGCUUUGACGGCUCCGGGAAAUAUGCCCCUUUAGAACCGUGCGGCGGGGAGUUGGAACAUAUGUUGAUGGAUUUAUUUCAGAUGUAAUAUUUGUGUUUGGGUGUCAUGUGUACAUUUGCGUAGUGUGAAUAGUUAGGAGUGGAUGUUAAACGCAGCGAUGACAAUCAUGCCUCAACAUCAUAUCAAUGAUUGAAUCUUUCGUUCUAUGGUUGUUUUUUAAUUUUUUAUGACUAACAGAAAGAUCCCAUUUCUUUUUCUUUUGUAUUCGGCAAAAAGAAAAAGAAAGAUUCCUCAAUUUUAUUUUUAAACUUGUACCAGUUAGUUACGUGUUAAAGUACUGCAGUCCUGUAGCCCUUGCCCCCAGCUGUGCAUUCCUCAAUAUCGCUUUGGAAAAGAACAUGAAGAAUACCGUGUAAUCUCGCCUGUCCUGCCUACCGCAUGAAUGGCAUCCUAUGUCGUCAAGAUGGGUUCAAGUGUCAGUUUAAUGUACUGUAUCUUGCAGUCAAGGUCAAUGGAAAGAGUAAACCAACUGGUGUCAUGUUGCUGGCUUUAAGGUCCUUCAGACCUAAAUCCCAUGCAGAUAUACAAGGCAGCAUUUGGGUCUCGGCGAUACAGUCGAUUUAUCUACAAUGAAUUCACUUCCGUAAGCGACUUUCAAUGCACCUGACCCAUGAGGGUGUGCCCAGAGGAAUUGACACCUCAAAACACAGGGCUUAUGUGAGGAAGGAAAGGGAAUGUAAUGUUCAAAUCAACUUCACUAGAACAGAAUGCCAAACAGCAAAUGAUCAUAUCUUUGCAGAUUGAUACCAAAAGAGUAGCUACAUUCCUAGAUAAAAAAGCCAUAUAUCUCUUAAAUUCUGCAGCAUUUUAACGAAGCAAUGUUUCCAGACAUGCAAUUAAAAUCGACUGACGCCGUUAAUGCUAUAAACACCCUCUCGCUCUCAAAUUGUGUUGUGUGUUGCGAUACAGAGCCAUCACUGCAUCACAAACGACAAGAGUAAUGAUGUCCUGACGAAAUGUGGAAGGCCAAAGCAACCCUGUUUGCAUGCGUCUGCAUCCAUUUGCUUGAGAGAUCACAAGAGCUGGGAGAUUUGCAUGAGGCUGAGGAGUUUCCUCAGUGGAAGAUAUACUGUAGCCUGCUUCUUAGGACGGUGGUCACAUUUGCCUCCAUUAAUAACAUAGG